CCGCCCCAUGGCCGCAAGAGGAAGGCCAGUGGAGUGCCGGGCAGCAGGGGGGUGGCCAACCUGACGCCCGAUCAGCUGGCGAAGAAACGAGCAAACGACCGCGAAGCGCAAAGAGCCAUCCGCGAGAGGACGAAGAACACCAUCGAGACUUUGGAGCGUCGGAUUAAAGAGCUCGAGACCGGCCAGCCGUUUCAAGAGAUCCAGCGCCUCGCCCUCGAACGUGAUCGAGCAUUGGCGGAAUGCGAGCAGCUCCGGAAUAAACUGGCAGUGGUGCAGAGCGUGCUCGCCACUUUGACUGCGCAGCAAUCUCCCCUUCCACCCUUGAACACGCCUCAGACUCCGCACUUCCCUCACAGUGUCUCCGCUUCGCCCUACGAGCAGCAGCAGCAGCAGCUUCUGCAUCCGGAGUUGAGAUCGCCCCAUACCAGCACCCGGCCGAGUUCUGCUGGCCAGUCUCACUCUUCCACGCCUGGUGGUCCGCAUGAAACCCGUCUGGAUACAGCUGCAUCCUCUCACUAUUCCGGACUUACUGGCGCUCCAUAUGAGCCCCGCCUGCCUCCCCCAGCUGCGAUGCUGGGGCAGAUGAACGGUGAGCGGCAUGGUCUCAACUAUGUUCUUGGACCCAGACAGCAGCAUAUGGUCACGUCCGCGCCUACCUCGCAGUCUCCGCAGUCGAACCCUUCUCCUGGUAUGGAGAAGCCACUGUACGCAAGGGUGCCCGCCAAUUCCUCUCCAGUCCUCCCCCUAGACGCACUCCUGCUCGGUUUCCUGAACGAUCGGCGCGCACAACUCGCGAGCGGCACCCCAUUAAGCGAAGUCAUAGGACCCUUCUAUCCAACGUUGGAUGGCCUUCGCGAUCCAGGCUCUGCCUCCACAACCUCUGCUCAUCCCAUCUCAGCCCUCCUAACCGACAUCCUCUUCAAAUUCCCCGGCAUCGACGGUCUCCCCGAGCGCGUCGGAGUACACUACCUCAUGUUCCUCAUCCUGCGAUGGCAGAUCUGCCCAUGCGAGAGCUGCUACGAAAGACUCCCAUCCUGGAUCCAGCCCGUCAGAGAGCAGCUCGACAACCCGCAUCCCGCGUGGGUGGACCACCUCUGCUGGCCUUUUAUGCGCGUGCGCAUGUGCACCACCGCCAGCCACAUCAGGUUUGAGGACCUUUUCAUUCCCUUCUCGGGAACCAUCAGCGUCAACUGGCCCUACCCUCCCGAUCACGUUUUGAUGCCCUCCUCGACGAAGCGCGACGCGCUCGGGGCACCCAUUUCUGAGAUGAAUCCCGUCUUCGAGUCGCACGUGAUGGAUCUGAGGAAUUGGUCCGUCGGCUCCAUCUUCAAGGCCACUUAUCCCGAGCUUGUGGAU